AUGGCGGUCAUGGAGGAGCUGGUCAGCGAACCCAGUAACACAGUAGGAGUAUCCAGUACAGGUGAGUGAACAACACACCUCCGCAUACACAUACAAGUCCAUGGACACCCCUUCAUCACACAGAACAUGUGUCUAGAAUGAGAGAGACAGAGGCAUGGGGCAGGUUGCAGACUACAUUUUUGAUAUGGCAGACUUGUAAAACUACUUAAAUAUAAAUGAGUAUUGCCCAAUGCAGGCAUACUUCUAGUCUGGUCCCGGAACUGUUUACACUGUCUUGCCAACCCCUAUGUGUCAAACAUGACAAUGACCUUAGGAGUUUGCAAGACAGCACAAACACAUCUGGGACCAGAGAUUGGGACUGUGAGCAACCGUGAAGGCAUCACCAGAGCUGCAAAAAAUUCACGAGAACUUACUUCCUAACAUUGGAAAUACUUUACUGCCCCCUCCUGAUGAAAUAGUACAAAUGCACUACAGCAUCAGAUUUUUUAAACAGUAUUUGGACAUUCAUGCUGAAUGAUGUUAUUUCAAAUACAGUGUUAUAGUACAAACAGGUACAAUUCUCCCCAAGAUCAAAUGAAGAGGGUGGGAACAUAUCCACUAUCCAGUCCUCUCGACAGUCUGUGUUCAUGAAAGGAAAGUAGACUGACUGGUUGCAUCACCGCCUGGUAUGGCAACUGCUUGGCCUCCGACCGCAAGGCACUACAGAGGGUAGUGCGUACGGCCCAGUACAUCACUGGGGCCAAGCUUCCUGCCAUCCAGGACCUCUAUACCAGGCGGUGUCAGAGGAAGGCCCUCAAAAUUGUCAAAGACUCCAGCCACCCUAGUCAUAGACUGUUCUCUCUGCUAUCGCACGGCAAUCGGUACCGGAGUGCCAAGUCUAGGUCCAAAAGACUUCUCAACAGCUUCUACCCCCAAGCCAUAAGACUCCUGAACAGCUAAUCAUGGCUACCCAGACUAUUUGCACUGCCCCCCCACCCCAUCCUUUUACGCUGCUGCUACUCUGUUAAUUAUUUAUGCAUAGUCACUUUAACUCUACCCACAUGUACAUAUUACUUCAACUACCUCAACUAGCCGGUGCCCCCGCACAUUGACUCUGCACCGGUACCCCCCUGUAUAUAUAGCCUCCCUACUGUUAUUUUAUUUUACUUCUGCUCUUUUUUUCUCAACACUUUUUUUGUUGUUGUUUUAUUUUUACUUUUUUGUAAAAAAUAAAUGCACUGUUGGUUAAGGGCUGUAAGUAAGCAUUUCACUGUAAUGUCUGCACCUGUUGUAUUCGGCGCAUGUGGCCAAUAAAAUUUGAUUUGAUUUGAUUUGAGAUGAAGAAAGGAGAUGAGGAAAGGAGAUGAGGAAAGGAAUUGACUCAUGAGUUUUGGAAUGCAUUCCCUUGACCGAGUCAAGUCCUAUGGGGAGGUGCAUCAAUCCAGCAAAGUUUCCUAAUCCAUUUCCAUUAAGUGUGUUUGGGCGUAUCCAUCGCUAUAGGGCCAUAAAUGAUGAGUCACAGAAUCAGGUGAAUUGGAUGGCCAGUUGGUGUGGUGAUUGGCAGGGGCCUGCCAGGGACACACACAUACGCGAACACCGAACACACACACACACACACAGUUAGUGUGGUGACUGGUAGUAGCCUGCCAGAGACGACCUGCCCUGCAGAUGUCAGGCCCUCUCUUUCGUAAUCAGCUACUUUCUCCUUAAAGUCCAAGCCUAGUUCAAAGGCUAUGUAUAGUUACUUGAGUAAUUUGCACAUAAUGUAAUACACCUUUUUUUGCUCACAAUAUUGCAGGUUUAAAGACUGGAAAUAUUUAUUUUCUAAUAUACCAAUAUGCUUAGUUUACUGUACCAAUAUACAGCUAAUAUACCAAUAUACUUAUUAUUGUGGGUGGAUGUUGGUCACAAUAUUGUUUUGAGUCAAACACCUCUGUCCAAGCCUACAGUCUCCUGGCAGACAAGUCAUGUCAUGUCUCCCUCUCUCUCUCACUCGCCCCCCUCCUCUGCCUCAGACUUCUUCCCGCCCCCGGAGAUGGUAGAUGAGGGGGGACUGACGCGGCCAGUGGUGGCGGGCAUCGUGGCCACCGUCUGUUUUCUGGUGGCCGCUGUCCUCUUCAGCACACUGGCAGCCUGCUUCGUCAACAAACAGCGCCGACGCAAGCUCAAGAGGAGGAGAGGUGAGUCACAUACAGUAUUGACACACACAAGGAUUCACAGAUAGACACACAUGCAUGAUUUGACAGCUGAAACAGUAAGGUAGCGCUCUAUCGACAUUGAAUUGACAUUGAUGGCAUUGAUACUUUAAUUAUGUAUUCUUUUGUGUGUGUCCCACCUCUUUUUCAGACCCCCCCCUCUCGAUAACACACUGCAGAAAAAGCAUGGAAACUCCGUAA